UUAAAAAACGAAGGGAAUAAAGGAAAUCAUAAUAGAAGGAUCUAGAAACCCUAACAAACGCUACUAUAUAAACUCGCUACUCGUUCUGCUAGUCCUGCCUUGUUUUUUCACUCUAGGAAUAUCUCUCCUCUCUGUUUGCUUCGCCUAUACAAAUCGUAUUAGCGAAAAAAACAUCACAAAACAAUGGCGGAAGCAGAGACGUUUGCUUUUCAAGCAGAGAUUAACCAGCUAUUGAGUCUUAUUAUCAACACUUUUUAUAGUAACAAAGAGAUCUUUCUUCGUGAACUCAUUAGUAAUUCUUCUGAUGCACUGGACAAGAUCCGCUUUGAGAGUUUGACUGAUAAGAGCAAGCUCGAUGCUCAGCCGGAACUUUUCAUCCAUAUCAUUCCGGACAAGACCAACAAUACCCUCACUCUCAUUGACAGUGGUAUUGGUAUGACAAAGGCUGAUUUGGUAAACAACCUUGGUACAAUUGCUAGGUCCGGUACCAAGGAAUUUAUGGAGGCACUUGCUGCUGGUGCUGACGUAAGCAUGAUUGGUCAAUUUGGUGUUGGUUUCUACUCGGCUUACUUGGUUGCUGAAAGGGUGGUUGUGACCACAAAGCACAAUGAUGAUGAACAAUACGUUUGGGAAUCUCAAGCUGGUGGUUCAUUCACCGUUACAAGAGAUACAUCUGGUGAGAACCUUGGCAGGGGUACAAAAAUUACCCUCUUCCUCAAGGAGGAUCAGCUUGAGUACCUUGAAGAGCGAAGGCUCAAGGAUCUGAUUAAGAAGCAUUCUGAGUUCAUCAGUUAUCCAAUCUCUCUCUGGGUUGAGAAGACCAUAGAAAAGGAAAUCUCUGAUGAUGACGAGGAUGAAGAGGAGAAGAAAGACGAGGAAGGAAAGGUAGAGGAGGUUGAUGAAGAAAAGGAGAAAGAAGAGAAGAAAAAGAAGAAGAUUAAGGAAGUCUCUAAUGAGUGGUCAUUGGUGAAUAAGCAGAAGCCCAUCUGGAUGAGGAAGCCUGAGGAGAUCACCAAGGAAGAGUAUGCUGCAUUCUACAAGAGCCUGACAAAUGAUUGGGAAGAGCAUUUGGCUGUGAAGCACUUUUCCGUGGAGGGUCAGCUGGAGUUCAAGGCUGUUCUUUUUGUUCCAAAGAGGGCUCCUUUUGACCUCUUUGACACCAAGAAGAAGCCCAACAACAUCAAGCUGUAUGUUCGUCGUGUCUUCAUCAUGGAUAACUGUGAAGAUUUGAUUCCUGAAUAUUUGAGCUUUGUGAAGGGUAUUGUGGAUUCUGAGGACCUUCCCCUCAACAUCUCCAGAGAGAUGUUGCAGCAGAACAAGAUCCUGAAGGUUAUUCGCAAGAACUUGGUGAAGAAGUGCAUUGAGCUGUUCUUUGAAAUUGCUGAAAACAAAGAAGACUAUGACAAGUUCUACGAGGCCUUCUCAAAGAACCUCAAACUCGGUAUCCAUGAAGAUACACAGAAUAGGUCUAAGUUUGCUGAACUGUUGAGAUACCACUCCACAAAAAGUGGUGAUGAGAUGACCAGCUUGAAGGACUAUGUAACCAGGAUGAAAGAAGGCCAGAAUGACAUUUACUACAUUACUGGUGAGAGCAAGAAGGCUGUUGAGAACUCGCCCUUCCUUGAGAAGCUGAAGAAGAAGGGUUAUGAGGUUCUUUACAUGGUUGAUGCUAUUGAUGAGUAUUCAGUCGGUCAACUGAAGGAAUUUGAGGGUAAGAAGCUUGUUUCUGCUACCAAGGAAGGCCUCAAGCUAGAUGAGACUGAAGAUGAGAAGAAAAGGCAGGAAGAACUAAAGGCGAAGUUUGAAGGCCUUUGCAAGGUGAUUAAGGAUGUUCUAGGCGACAAGGUUGAGAAAGUGGUCGUCUCUGACCGUGUUGUGGAUUCUCCUUGCUGUUUGGUUACUGGAGAAUAUGGUUGGACUGCCAACAUGGAGAGGAUUAUGAAGGCACAAGCUCUUAGGGAUUCCAGCAUGGCUGGAUACAUGUCCAGCAAGAAGACCAUGGAGAUCAAUCCUGAGAAUGCCAUCAUGGAUGAGCUCAGGAAGAGAGCUGAUGCUGACAAGAAUGACAAGUCCGUUAAGGAUUUGGUUCUAUUGUUGUUUGAGACUGCUCUUCUCACCUCGGGUUUCAGCCUUGACGAGCCCAACACCUUUGGCAACAGAAUUCACAGGAUGUUGAAACUUGGUCUGAGUAUUGAUGAGGAUAGCGGAGAUGCGGAGACUGACAUGCCACCAUUGGAGGAUACUGAAGCUGAUGCAGAGGGCAGCAAGAUGGAGGAAGUUGACUAAGACACUUCUCUUGAUAAUCAGCCCUUUAGCCCCAGUAGUUUUUAGGUUUUUACUUUGCUCCACCAGCAGGGCAUGAUAUCAUUAAGUUUGUGUUGUUUCUUAGACGUUAAAAUUUAGGGUAUUAUUCAUGGCUCAUUUUGUUGUGACGUUUGCCUAAAUGCUUUCUGCACCGUUUAUGCGUGAA